AUUCAUGGGGUUGGCGGGCUACUAUCAGCGAUUCAUCACCGGAUACUCCAGGAUUGCUACACCUAUGACGAGGUUACAGUCGCCAAAGGUGCCAUUCGUAUUCGAUGACGACGCACGCCGGUCAUUCCAAGCACUUAAGACGGCUAUGCUCAUGGCACCCGUCCUUAGCAUCUAUGACCCCACCCUGCCGACGCGAGUGACUACGGACGCUUCCGGCUAUCGCAUUGGGGCAGUCUUGGAACAGCACGACGGCGACGACUGGCACCCUAUGGAGUAUUUCAGCCACAAAGUGCCUCCCAUCAACUCGCUUGAUGAUGCAAGGAAGAAGGAGCUGCUCACAUUCGUGAUGGCUCUCAAGCGCUGGCGACACUUCCUCCUUGGGCGUCGUAGGUUCACAUGGGUCACAGUCAACAAUCCAUUGACCUACUAUAAGACGCAGGACACGGUGAGCAGCACGAUCGGACGAUGGAUGUACUUCAUCGACCAAUUUGACUUCACACCGAAACAUGUCCCCGGCCUCUCCAAUCGCGCAGCAGAUGCACUCACGCGAAGAUCUGAUCUUUGCGCUAUGACACAUCAUGCCUUCGCAUUUGACGAGGAGCUUCAGCGACACUUCAUUCGGGCAUAUCAGUCUGAUCCGGACUUCGGCACGCUCUAUGCACAGCUAUCUUCGGAUCACCCGCCGACCAGCCAUUACCGCAUUGCCGACGGGUACUUGCUCCUCCACUCGAGAGGCAAGGACUUACUAUGUGUCCCGCGCGACCGUCGUCUUCGGACUCGCCUCCUCGGCAAGUAUCAUGAUUCACGACUCACCGGUAUUUCGGAGUCAACCGCACUAUUGCACGGCUUCAACAGCGAUUCCGAUGGCCCGACCUCAUUACCGAUGUCACUCAGUAUUGCGACUCUUGCGAAGUUUGCCGACGCAGCAAGCCCCGCAACCACAAUCCCUACGGCGAGUAACACUCGAUGCCUAUCCCACGGGAACCCGGUCUCUCCAUCGCCAUGGACGUCACCGGACCGUUUCCUCGCGACCGGCUCGGGCACGACGGCAUCCUCACGGUUGUGGACCGAUUCAGUAAAAGACAUUGUCAGCGACCGCGACACUCGUUUCAUGUCGGCGUUUUGGAAUGCGCUCAUGCAGGAGUCCGACACAACAAUGAAACCAAGUUUGGCUCGACAUCCUCAGACAGACGGGCAGACGGAGCGGGCACAUCAAACCGCUCAAAUGAUGCUUCAUACGCUCAUCCGUCCGGACCAGAAAGAUUGGGUUGACCGCCUCCCCGACAUCGAGUUCGCCUACAAGACUUCGGUGCAUCCGGCGAUCGGCGUGACUCCAUUCGAGUUGCACCACGGUGGACGGAAAGGCCGGAUCUUCACCGACCUUCUCCUCCCUCGACCAGCCAACAUUGACGCUGCCUGCUCUCCCGCUUCCGUCCGAAAGUACAGGGAAUUGCUGACUCAAGCCCUCGCAAAUAUGCAAAAGGCUCAAGUCCGCAUGCAGCAGCAAGCCUACAGGCGUCGCGUACCAUGUCCCAUCCGCGCCGGUGAUCUGGUUUGGGUCUCCGCUGAAGAGUUUGCACUGGAACAGGAUGUUUCACGCAAACUGCUUCCCAAGUGGUUUGGACCUUGGUCUGUGACAGCAGCCGAGGGCGAUGAGCCCGAUGGCCAUUCAUUUGUGAUCAACAUUCCAGAGCAUCUGACGGUCCAUCCGGUCUUCCAAGCCUCGAAGCUGGCAACAUACACGCCAGCCAAGAGCGACGACUUUCUGGACCGACGAUCGCAGGACCCUCCUUCUAUGGAUGGCCAUCUGGAAGUUGACCGCAUCAUCUCCGAUCGCAAGUACGGCAGCAAGCCGCGGCAGUACAAAGUCACAUUCAAAGCAUGCGAUCACGACGACACUCCGUGGAUUUCAGGCGCAGAUUUGAAAGCAUCCGCACCGCUGAUCUACGCGCAUUAUGAAAAGCGGAGGUUAGCUCAGGAAGCUUCACGACAAGCCCCUCCGACCCUAACUGUGGUCCCUCCCUCAGACAGACAGUUUCGCUCUCGCAGGUAAGCUCGGUUCUUCAAGGAGGGGGGGGUGUGGCAUAGUGCGUAGCCACACGGGCCCUGCAGGGCCCGUCCCGGACAUUC